UUGUCGCUGACUUGAAGUCAGUUGCGAGGCAGAAGCGCGAGUGUUAAGAACGAAGAACAUAGAGAGCGGCUGUUGUUGAAUCAAGAGAACAUUGUCAAAGUUUAAAAACAUUUACAUUGCGUCCAAGAUGCUUUUGCAGACUUUCACGCUGCUGUUGCUCGGCACAUCAGCGCUAGCGUCGCUGCCUGAUGCUACGACCGAGGCGCUUGCUCCGUCUUCGACUUCGGCUGGUGGCCAGAGUCAAAAUCAAUCUCCUGGACCCAUCAAGGAGGAGCAUUUCCCAGCAGUAGCGCCAGCAGAUGCAGCGGAGGCCGCCUUAAUUGAGGCACAGCCCGGCUUGCUGCAACCACCGCUGCCCGUGUCGCCUUCGUUGGAGGCUGAGGACACAGUUCGUCGUCGCCUAAUCACCUAUGAUCAGCGCCAGGAAGGACAAUACAAUAUACGAGCAGAUCUCGAAAACUUUAUGAUUGUGCUGAUACCGCCAGGACCGCAGGAGGGUCUCAGCCUCUUGGAUCUGCUGACCAAAUCUUCGUUGCGUGGCGCCUCAAAAGGUGGCAGCAGCAACAAGCGGAAGCAUGCUCAUGCUACAGCCCUCAAAUCCUUCUACCGUCAACAGCAUCAGCCACAGCAGCAACUCCAGUUGCCGCAAGGGCCCAUCUCCGAUUUCAUUGAGGGACGUACUCCCUACCAUGUAGACAUCUCGGCAGUCAGCGAGGAGCAGCAACAGCCGCGACUGCACCGCCAACAAGUGGACGUGCUGCCGCCCCAGCUGUUGCCCAUGCCGCAGUUGAUCAAGCCAUAUCAUCUGGAGGCGGAGCCAGAGCUUAUACAGGCCUUGCCACCGGUUGCCACUGCCAGCAGCAGCAGCUCGGGAGGCAACAAUCUGUUGGAAGGUUACAACCAGAUGGGAUCGCAUUAUUAUCGUAAUUCACGCUCGCUGGGCGGUGACAGUUUCCUGGACACCAAUCGCUUGUCGGCCACUGACACUGGCUCCACUUCCAAUGGACGCGCCAUCAGCGUGCCAAUUUAUCGCUCGGACAUCGCCCAAAGCCAGGUGCAACAGCACGCCAAGUCGGGCAAUGGCAACGCCCUAUAUCCGCCCAUCGAUGUGCCCGCGUACAUAAUAAACGAAGCUCAGCCGCGCCUCUGGCAGCUGGACGAUGAACCGACGCCCAUUCAACCCAAGCACUUGGUCGAUGCCGACGUGCUGAGUUUUGAGCUGCUCGGUCUCGGCUCUGAUGCUCUCGCCGAUUCGAAGACUCUGCUGCGCGAUGGCUUGGCUCGCUGUGCACCAGGCCAGCGUCGGGACAGUUAUGGCGCGUGUCGCCAGGUCGAAGGCUACUGAGACUGAGACCUGAGUCACCUAUUGAGACUGCUAAACGAAAGCGUAUACUUAAGUUAUCCAUUACCAUUUAAAUGAUAAAUGCAAACAGUUUUGCGAAAGUAUUAGACUUAAGCUACUUAGGCACAUGCUAAACAAACACAAUCAAUAAAACUCUUGAACUUCAAUUUCAAUCUCGA